AUGUGGCCCAAAAUAUUGCUUAGGGCGGGCCGGGUGGCGGCCGGUUUGUGCCCAGCGCUGGGGCCUCGCCUCGCCGCCCGCUUUCCCCUGCAGCGGACGCCCGAGAAUCGCCUGGCCCCGCAGCGGAGCCUGCACGCGACGGCGGCCCGGGCUCUCCCGCUCAUCCCCAUCGUGGUGGAGCAGACGGGUCGCGGCGAGCGCGCCUAUGAUAUCUACUCGCGACUGCUUCGGGAGCGUAUUGUGUGCGUCAUGGGCCCUAUCGAUGACAGUGUCGCCAGCCUGGUCAUCGCGCAGCUGCUGUUCCUGCAGUCGGAAAGCAACAAGAAGCCCAUCCACAUGUAUAUCAACAGCCCCGGUGGCGUGGUGACCUCGGGCCUGGCCAUCUACGACACAAUGCAAUACAUCUUGAACCCCAUCUGCACGUGGUGUGUGGGCCAGGCGGCCAGCAUGGGCUCCCUACUUCUGGCCGCUGGCACCCCAGGAAUGCGCCACUCACUCCCCAACUCCCGCAUCAUGAUCCACCAGCCCUCUGGGGGUGCCCGGGGCCAAGCCACAGAUAUCGCCAUCCAGGCGGAGGAGAUCAUGAAGCUCAAGAAGCAGCUCUACAGCAUCUAUGCCAAGCACACCAAACAGACCCUGCAGGUGAUCGAGUCGGCCAUGGAGAGGGACCGCUACAUGAGCCCCAUGGAGGCCCAGGAGUUCGGCAUCUUGGACAAGGUUCUGGUCCACCCCCCACAGGAUGGGGAGGACGAGCCGGAGCUGGUACAGAAGGAGCCAGGGGAGCCAACAGCGGUAGAACCCACCCCAGCCAGCACCUGA